GUGCGACGUGGCGGCUGCCCCCGGGGUCUUCUCCCUUGAGCCGUGGCAGCGUGGGGUGCCGGUGGCUGGCGGGGGAUGGCUGGCGCUCUCUGCUGGAGCCUGUCCCGCAGUGCUGGCUCUGCCCGGAGCCCAGGCGAGUUGUGGGGCUCCCCCGGGCUGUGCUCUGCUGGAAGCCACGGUCCUUUCCUGUCCCCCCCUUGUUUUCCCUUGUCUGGGGGCUCUCGGGGGGCCCCCCAAAUCCUGACCCCCUCAAUCGGGUGUUGCUGCAGGAGCCCCAGAAGCAUCUGCAGGUGCUGGGGACAAACCGGACCAGGGCGGUGGGAGCACGAACCUCGCUGUGUCCCCUGGGAACGUGGUGCUGGUGUGGUGGCUGCGGGAGGGGCCCUUCCCAGUGCUCCCAGUGUGUCCAUCCUCAAGCGUUGCCAGUUUGGGGCUCGGAUGGCUGUAUAGAGGGGAGAGGAGUGCUGUUGGGGCAGUGGUGCCUCAUUUCUGUUUGGCUUGUUCUUUAUGAGCGGGGGCAAGCCUAUUUGUGAGGCUUCUGCCAUGGGGAGAGGCUCUUCUCUCCUCUCCCUGCCCCUGAGUUCUUCCUAAUUCCUUCCUAAUUCCAUUUUCCCCCCUUUGCUUACCUUAGCACUCACACCGCUGCGCUUCCUCUCCGCCUUUGCCUCUGUUAAGGAUGACAACCCGGCUAGAAGAGCGAUAAUCCCCUGCGUUAAGAGCGUGUGCAGGCUGUGGUGAGUGAAGAGUGGGAAAUGCAGGAGCAUGUCCCUGGUUUGGAGGUGCCAUUUUCCCCUGGGGCGAAGCCACCUCGGCUUUUUGCCCUGCGACAUCUCCAAAAUUACCUUGGCGGGUGUGGCAGCCAUCACAGGCUGCCCUUCACGUUGCAGCCUUUCCGCUUUCACACUGUUAACCACAGCCACCCCCUUUCUCACAAGGGACAGGGCAAUAUUUACCCGACAGGGCCUCAAAGCUGUUUAAAGGAAGGGAAAAUGGCUUUGAGGGGUGUUUGUCACCGGUGUGAUGGGGUGGGGGGAAGAGGUCGUGGUCUCAAAUGGGGGCUGUUGUGGAAAUAGGGUCUGCUCUGAGCACGGCAACAGCCGGCGUAGGUGGCUUGUGCCCGGCAGCCUGCGCUAGCAACACCUGCGCCUCGGUUUAGCUCGCGUUUCCCCCACCCGACCCUCUUUUUCUGCCUCCUCCCAUCAUGGGGCUCCUGCCAGUCUUCCCCACAGUUCAACCUGGACUGGAGGCCGUGGGUUCAACUGGUCUGUCUAGAGCAACCAGUAUGGCUGAGCAUCCAGCUUCCCUGCGCUGCUCAAUCCCUGCUGCUGUUCGAAGGAGUCCUGCUCAGCAGACGGGGUUUGCUGUUCCCAGCUGCAGAAUUAAAGCAGUAGCCUAAUGAGGUUGCGGGUGUAAAGGUUGCAGCAUCAUCUGCUCUCUUGAGGAGCUUUUCUCUUGUCACUUUGUGUCUGUGUGGUCAGGUUGGAUGCUGAAAGCCUCGCCAAAACCUCAAAGCAAGGGUUUGUUGCUGGUAGAGAAGCUGCGGCCCCUCCUGCGCUCGCUUCUCCCAUAGAAAAUGCUCUGACAAACCUCCCCGGGGUUUUCCCUUCCUGCUCCGGACGGGCAGCGCACGGGGAUGCCGAGGUCGGGUGUGUGCAGAGCAGACCCCGGUGGGGACAGUCCCCGCUCAGGUCCCACCGCCCCAGGCGUGGCGGGGGUUGCAAUCCAGCCCCCGCCGUGUGCUUCCCUCACGAGUCUGGGGUGGUUUUGCUCUCCAGAGAAACCCCUUUCUCCUAAAUGGGGAUAAACACCUAAUUGUUGGAUGCUUCAGUAGGUCCAGAGGCACCUGAUUCCUCUUCUGACAGUCUGGCUUUUGCCUCACUGGGGUCGGAUGAUCCGUGUGUGGGGUUUCUGAGCCUGCGUGCAGAGACAGAUGAGCAAAGAAACCAGUAAAAAUGCCAUCUCAUGCCUUUACCGCGAUAUUUUCUGUAACUUUGUGUUGUUUUCUACCAUUCCUGCCCUCUAAUUAGUCUGGUCCCAUCCUGGUUUCCAAAGGGAGAAGCUGACUGUCUCUUGGAAGUGACUUCAAAAGAAGGACUGAGGGAAAACCGGAGAGAUUCUGUGAACUGUUUGGAACAUUCUCCAUCCUCUCCCCUUGAAGGGCUCAUUUCUAACCCCAUGUUUCCAAAGAGCCUCCCAGGAUUUUUGGCACCGGCCAAAAUCCAUGUGUGAGGUUUCCGAGGGCAGCGAAGUCUGGAACUGCCUAUUUGCAGAAGCACAGGUUUUGGGUUUUUUGGGGCUUUUAUCAUUAAAGGUGCCUUGUUUUGGAAGAUUUCGUUUGGUUCCUUAGAAGAAUAUGGCUUGACUUUGAAUAGAAAAGGUUUCUUGAUGCUAUCAGGUGUUACUUCGCUUGAUGUGAGCUCGCUUUCCCUGGCUUAAUUCAGCAGAAGCUACGUAAAGUUUCAUUUUCAGGCUGGCCAGCGCAGUGAACAGGCUCUUUCGCAACCUUGUUCCGCUCAACGAGCGUUCAGAGGCUCGUGCUUCUCCCUGCACACCUCGAGCUCGGAGAGGAGCUUGCAAAGCUGGGCUGGAGGAGAAAUCCUCGGGAAAAACUGGACUUGCUGACUGCUGGCUUGCCACCGUUCGAGCAAGAGGCAUCGCUGGUGGUCCUCUCGCCUGUCCCACUAUGGCUGGGGAAAUUAUUUAUGCUGACCUCGAUAUCAGUCCCGGGAAACAGGGCAGGAAACUGGAUUCGCUUCCUCAGCCUGGCACAUCAGGCUGUCCUCAGUGGCACCGAACUGCUCUCUGGGCCAGCUGGAGCGGGAUCCUCCUCCUCGGAGUGGCCGUGGUAGUGGUGGGAUACUUGUUUCUCCGCCAGCAGUUGGGGAGCCCAGGCAGCUGCAAGAACGAGAGCAGGAGCGUAGGGGAUGGCACCACCACCCUGGAGAACGUCACCGUCCUCUUGAACCUGAGGAAAGGUCUCUGCUUGCCAAAACUGCAAGGGGACGAGGUGGCUUCUGGGUGGCUUGAACGUGGCACCGACUGUCUUUCAGAGGGUGAGGGGUGCAAGCUCUGCCCCACGGGCUGGACACUGCGCGGGACCAAGUGCUACUGGGUUUCCAGUGAGAUCAGCUCUUGGAACGAGAGCCGGCAGGACUGCGUGAAUCAGAGAGCCGAGCUGCUGACGCUGUGGGGGCAGGAUGAGCUGGAUUUCAUAAAGGAAAUGGUGCGGAAACCCAGCAGCUACUUCUGGAUCGGCCUCUCCAUCCGUUCCACCGGGGAGGGCUGGACCUGGCUGAACGGCUCCUGCCUGGACCGGAGCCGGUUCCAGCUGAGCCCCAGGAAUGCAGGACGCUGCGGGGCGGUCAGGGAGAGCACGAUCGUCUUUGACACCUGCAGCUCGGGAUUGCAGUGGAUCUGCCAGAAAGAAGCCACCCAGCUCUGAGCCGGGGUGGGGGGUCAGGGCAUCGCCCCCCUGCUCCUUUCCCCGUUCUCUUUUAAUGUGCCAAUAUUGGGGUGCGGGGCUGCCCCUCAUUUGCAUGCUAAUUUGUAUAGAGUGAGGGAGCGGGAGGGAUUUGGGGUCAGGACAAGCCAUGGGGAGAAACCACCAGCAGUGAAGACAUGGGUCAAAACCACUGAAAUCCUCUAUUACACCCAAAACCUGACCAUGAGCUGAUGGUCAGAGGAGAAAAAAGAAUCGUUGCGGGGUGAAAAACAAUUCGCAUGACUCUUGAGUUCCUCCAGGGGCUUCAUCGAGGCCGUUUAUGGCGAGGU